AAUAUUUAUCGAUGUAUGCCAGAUUAUAUAACUUCAGGUUUUCAUCAGGACAGUGAUCUACUGGACCGGCGGAAACAUUGUUUUGGUGUCCAAUCUGAAUCUGGAGAAGAUCUUUACUUUUCCGUGGAAUUAGAGUCUGACCUAGCACUAUGGGAAAAGGCAUUCCAGACAGCAACUUUUUUAGAAGUUGAACGGAUACAGUGCAAGACAUAUGCCUGCGUUUUGGAAAGCCAUCUCAUGGGGCUUACCAUUGACUUUAGCACAGGCUUUGUCUGUUUCGAUGCUGCAACAAAGGCUGUGCUUUGGAGGUACAAAUUUUCCCAGCUCAAAGGUUCUUCAGAUGAUGGGAAGAGCAAAAUCAAAUUCCUUUUCCAAAACCCAGAUAAUAAACAAAUUGAAGCAAAGGAGCUGGAGUUUUCCAACCUGUUUGCAGUCCUUCAUUGUAUUCAUUCAUUCUUUGCAGCCAAAGUGGCUUGUUUGGACCCUUUGUAUGUAGGCAGUCAAGCAACAGCUUCUGCUGCUCCCACAACUUCUGGUACUGGCAAAUUAAAGUAUACAACUUGAUAUCUCACAUUACAGCACUGCCAUUUAUCAAAAAGACUUAAUGUAUAGAUAUUCAUAAGAUGUGAAACUCUGGUGAACCAUGUACAUGGAAACCAAUCCUGGAGACAAGACAUCUUGCAGCAUCAGCAGAUAGAUGGUCACGUGGGAUCAUAAACUCAUUUCUGUUCUGCAAGACACCAGUAAAUAAUCCUCACAGAAUCCCCAGAAUAGGAUGGAUAUGCUUUUAGUAUGAUCUAUUUGUACUUAUUUAGUGCUUUAACCAACACUGGAAGCAAAGGAAUAAAUGAUGCAAUGAGGCAUUUCGGUAUUUAAUAAAAUUUUCAAAUUGCUGUAAUAACACACAAAAAGAAUUGUCAUCUUCCUGUUUUCAAAUGUUUUUAUGACAAUAUGCUAAAUUCUGAGUAUGAACUUAGUACCCAAUGAUUAUAUUAUAAAUGACAUAAGAGAAAGUGACAAGCAUUUAGUACAUAAUCAUGAAGAGAUGAGCAUGAAAAGACAUUUGUGUAAGUAUCUCUUCAAAUAAGAAAGCACUUUAAGCACUGUCGUAAUCCAUACUUCUUUCCAUACAUGGAGUCAUGGUACAUUUUCUAUUUUGUUCUUUUAACAUUAACAACAAAGUUAUAGCCAUAUUGACUGACACAGUUCAAAACAAAAACCCCACAACCCCACUUCCAUAAGUUACUCUUCUUCAAUUAAAAAUAAUAUUACUUUAAAUAUAAUGACAAGUGAAAGUUUGUAAAAUAUCCUUUCUACUAUUUGCUUCCUCAAUUUUUUGAAGAACUAAGAAUCUGAUAGUUUUUGCUCACAUGAUACAGAUGUUGUAUUUGCUUCAGAAACAAUCCACUUAAUGCACUGUUUCCAUUAUUAACCUUGAUUUCACAUCAUAAGGUCUCAAGAAAAUAGACAUUCAAUAUUAUUUUUGAAAAAUGAGUCCAAUCAUUGAAUUUGUAGUGAUUUCUUUUUUUAUAUUAUUAGUAAAAGGCAGGAAUAAAAUAAAUAGCCUUUAAUGAUAGAAGCAAUGAAGGAACGCAUAAAGUCUUUGUAUAUUAAAAAAAUACUACAUCACCUAUGACCAUAUAACAGAAAUAAUAGUUCAAGGGUCUCAUUUAAUGAUCAAAUCUGAAAGAAUUUUACAUUCAUAACUAAUAACUUAUUAAAAUAUAGUUUUCAAAAAUAAUUUAAUGUUGUGCUACUACGCAUCAAUGAAAAUGGUAAAAUAGUGGGAGUUAUGCAUGGGUUAUAGCUGAAAUAUCAAAAAAAGGUGAGUUUUUUUUGUUUGUUUUUCGCAGAUAUAAAGAAAAAACCCUAAAAGACUGCAGAAAAUGCAUUUGUUGCACAUUCAGAAUGUGUGGAAUAUUUUAAAUGAUGCUUUCUGAGAUUUCUACUUACAAUGUUGAAAUCUACAUUUCCUUUUUUUUCUCUCUUCUUAUUAAAGCACAUGGAAGGUAAGAGUUAAGGAAACAAUCUCCCUUGUGCAGCUGGAAGACAAACUAUUUCACAUCCAUUUAUACAUAUUAAAAGAAGAAAAAAUUCAUAAUUGAAUCCAGAGUAAAGCUUUUCCAAAUGGGAGCAAUUCAAAUGUUAAGUGGGGACAAAAGAUGAAUGAACUGUCAGGGUAAAUCAUGCAUCUGUCUUUUUACUUUGCAGUAGAAGUAUUUGGAUUUGUGUGUGUUACAAAGCGUCCUUGCAAAAUGGAGACUGGAGGUAAAGUUGAUUCUAGUUGAAAACAAUCUGAAAAUACAUUUUCUGGGAACACUUUGUCAUUGUCACAGGACUACUGGUAUCUUCUUACUUCUUAGUAGAACUCCAAGUGUUACAGGAUUUCAUAAUUGUGUUCCACAUUUAUUUUCCAUGCUAAAUACAAUGGAAUCGUCAUAAUCCAAUGAUUAAAUAUUUUAAGUGUCAUCAAAAUCCAAUAUUUUCGUAGUUAUUAUCCUGUUUAUAUGAAUCUUCCCUAAAUAAGGGGGUUAGAUCCUAGUCUCUGCAUGACAUGUGAAACUGCUGUGGCUAUUGAGUUUAUUCCUGAGAGAUUACAGGUCCCAAAUGUUUUGAAUCCAAAACUGCAACUUUCUGAGAAGUUUGCUGAUGACAACUCAGAUGUUCUCCUUGUCAAAAAGGCAUGUUCUGGAAAGACAGUUCUGACAGACCACUGGCAAUGAUGAAGCUUUGUAUCUGUUAAUGACAGUUCUCUUCUGUGCUCCCAAAUCAUCUCAUUCUGGUGAGCAUUGCAUUCAGACACCCAGUACAGGCAUGUGAAUGCCUUUCUAAGUUCUCUGGUGGUAGUAGAAGAAUCUAAAAUAAUCAGUUGAACGUUUUCCCUUCAACUAGCUCAGAUGAUGUGCACAACGGCACCACUGAAACCAAGGGUUAUUUAAGGGACAUUGUUUAAUAUGUUUAAGUGAGCGUAGCAUUUAUUUGAAAGAGCAGAAACCAUACUGUUGCAAAUUGAUCUAGAUUAAGUUUUUCCAUGAUUUGAAAGAAAAAUAAAUAAAUAAAUAAAUAAAAGUUGCUUCUUGUGCAGAAAUGUUUUUAUGCCAUGCACUUUUGGGGCCUGGACUCUACCAGGGCAUUCUACAGAACUGUCAUGUAUUUUGUUUGUAGAAACACUGUAUUCAUCAGUGAGAAUUCUUUUUUAGUUGGGCAUUGAAUAUUCAAUAUUUAAGAAGCAAACAGACACACAAAAAAAGAACCUGCAAUUUUUAUGUUUGUUUGUGUUUUGAAACCCUAUAUUUCAAAGACCUGAACUUGUGGGGCUUAAUCAAUAUUUUUAGUUCCAAGAAAAUAAAGGUGACCUUGGGAGAAUAUAAAAUGCCAUGGCCUUUACUACAGGUUAGUACUGGCUUGUAAGUGUGUGAUUCUGGGGGCCUUUGCACUGACCUCAGAUUAUUCAGAGGUGGCUGCAUCAGGCUUGCCCUCUCAUAGCAAGUAGAAGAGAAAUUCAGCCUUGAACCAAUGGGACAAUUUUAAACUGUGUCAUAACUAAUCAUAAAACAGCAAAAUAUAAUUUUAGUGACUAUGUUUUUUACUUAAAUACAAGAAGAAGACUCCAAAUUAAAGCAUAGUUAACUUCAUGUGCAUAUGUCAAAAUCCAACCUUUAUGUUGCAAGUUAUCACUUAACAUAUAAAAUAUAAGAAAUACAAAUAUUUUGUAAGUCAGCAUGGCCCACUGAUUACAAAGAAAAACACAAAAUUAUAAUAAAAUGUCAGCUCUUGCUGAAAAUCUGUAUGCAAAUUAAAGCAAAUAUUGAAAAGAAAAAAAAAAUACAACAAACCUUAUUUCCCACAAAGUAAAAUAUAAUUUUUCCUUAUGACAUCAUAAAUAAGUUAAAUUAAAAAGUAUAUGUCUUUAUGCUUAUACUUAGUACUGUGCCUAAUGAAGUGAUAUUAUAUAGCAUACCAAAAAUAUACACUCCUCAGUAUCACAAAAUGUAUUUGAUUUAAUUUACUGUGCUUUAUGAUGGAAAUUUUGGAUAAGCUGACCUCCACAGAAUUAACCAUAUGUUAGUUAUAGUGUUAUCAUAAUUUUGUUAUGAACGUAUUGCAGAUUUGUAGACAUGUUAUUCUAGAUUUCAUAGGUGAAUGAAUAUAUUUCAUUUCCUAUAUCUGCUUAAAAAAACAGUUCCAGAAGGCACUUUUGAAAUAAAGAUCAGGAUAUUAUAAAAUAUUGAUCAUUUUAUUUUGUUAAUAAAGUGCAGCAAGAAGUUUGUAAAUUGUAAGCCAGUUAUUUUUUUAAAGCACAUAAUUUGACAUUUUGGCCGUUUAAACUAGAAUUCAUAAAAAUGUAAAAUAAUAAUAUACAGUAUCAAUAUACUUUGAGAUGAGAUUCCUGAAACAUAUUGUUUUCCAGCUUAGUUCUUGAUCCCACAGAAACUUUGUUUUAUAUUUACAUUAUAUGCACUGACUUUAUCAGAAUAUCUCACAGUGCACAGUUAAACAUGAGUAAGUCAUUGUGGUUACUACUUAUUAUUUUAAAUAUGAUUUCUUUUAUGCAAUGCCUUAAGAUGUUUCUUACAUCAAAAGAAAUAUUAAAAAGGCUAACAAUCUCAUGAAUGUACAAUUGCUGCCCUUAAAAAAUCAGCAGCUUUGCUACAUAUUGUUAAGUACCCCCUAGUAUUCUCUAUGCCAAAAAGAAAGUACAAUUUUCAUUCUGAUAUACCAAUGCCAAGUCAAAUGUAAAUGUAUUAAUAUUAAACACUCACCUAUGUACUGCACUUUUAAUUCCCUUAUAGAAUCUAAUCCCUGAGAACACUGAGAAAGUGUUUUGUCAACGAAAAAAAAAAAAAGACUGAUUUUAAUAUGUUCAUCUUUGUCAUCAACUUAAAAUGUUCAAAUUUGGGCACAUGAUGCACUCACCCAAGUUCCUUAAAUUUAAAUACCUAUCAUAGACACCUAGGAUAGGACUUUGAGGCCCUCAAAAUGGCAGGGCAGGGCAGUUUUGAGGUCGGACCAUGACUUAGCAGUCUUAAGGUGUGUGUCUCCCCAGUGCGAUGAAAGAGGUGCAGCCACUUUCAUGGUUUCACUUGUUUUAGGAAUGUGCUUUUGAAGCCAGGUUCCUGCCCUCUGCCUGUUACUAUGUUGUUCUUCAUUUGCCAGAGCAGUCUUUAAGCACAUGAACUGGAAUUUUAGGCUAAAACUAAAUCAGCAUCACACCAAUAGUUCCAACUUCUAAUGGGCAUUCAGCUCAUUCAACCUAAGUAAAGCAAGACCAAAGCCAGAAUUCCUCUAAAUUGCUAUGGCUGCUGGAUCCUGGUGAGCAUCCUUUCUGCACAGUGAGUGAUGCCCAUAUACUGUGGGUUCUGGAAGAACGUCCUUCAUUUACAGAAGGUGACUAACAAGUCCAGGCUAGGUUAGUCUGCAUUGCCCUCUUCCAUCACUCCAAAGGGAAAUAAUUAAGGUUACAUUAUGCUGGUCAGCCCUCUCCCUGCUGCGUCUCUCUUCCUGUCUAUCAGAAAUACAUACUUUAAAAUUCACUCAGAGUGCUCCAAGAACACUGCCCCAUUCUCUUUGCUCUAUGCAGGUAGCAAAGCUGCACUCACUCAGCUAUGUAAGAAAGCCUCUACAUAUUUAACACAGUCAGGGGACAAUAUUCAAACAUUAUGGCAAGGGCAUCUGUGUACCAGAAGAGUGUUGCAGUCCGUGAUCAACAUUCAGAGUAAAUUGAGUAAAGUCAUCUUCAAGCUUAAGUGCUUCCUUGGCUAGGAGGGCUCUUAAGUGCAAUUUUAGAAUCAUUCCUGGAAUAAAGUCCAUAAGGUCAAUAAAUUUUUAUUUAUUUGGCUCUAUUUUCCCAUUUUCAGGAAGUUUAAUGAGAAUAGCAAUUCAUAUUCUGUCAGAAUCAGAUGGAAAAUCAGGGAUACUGAAAUAAAAAAAAAAAUUCUAUUUGGAUUCUGUAUGUUGUUACAGUACAUUACAUACUCUGUUAAAAUAUGCUGAACAAUGUAAAACUAAAUGCAUUCAUUUAGCUAACCUAGUCAGUUUUCAUUGCUAUGAUAUGCACACCUCCCAGUUUCAACAACUCACUAUGAGAAUCUCAAUCAUAUGUUACAGAAAUGGCUUUAUUAUUGAGUAUAUACUAAUAUAUAAAGCAUAGUGUGUGUGUAUUUGUGUGUGUGUAUAUUAGUAUAUACUAAUGGAAAAUAUUCAGUAUAUAGUAAAGAAAGUUCCAUAUUAGACACAAUUGUAAAACAGAAGCAUAAAUCCAUGAAGCUUUACAUUUAAAAUCUUAAUCUUAUAUUACUAUAAAGAAAAAAUAUGUAUAUUAGUUGAAGAAAUGGCUAUUUUUGCAGAACAUGCACAAUCUGGAUAUAUGAUAAUAAAUUAAUGAACAUUAACUGAUUUACUAUUUCAUACCUCCAGGAAUUUUGAUUUUUUUAAUUAUUCUUAUCCUUAAGAAUAUUUGCAAUAUAUGUCAUAAGUUUUAAUUUGUUAUGGAUAAAAAUGACUGAAAAAUGUAAUAGAAAGUGCUAUAUAUUUUAUAAAUAUUAAAAAUUGAAGAUAAAUAUUCAAUUUAUUUAUUUCAUGUUCAGUUACUUUUUUUUGUGGUUGUUUGUAAUAUGUAUUUGUGACAAACAUAAGUCACUUAGCUGUUAAAGCUCAUUAAUGUACCACUAAUAAAAUUCUAUCUUGUCUUUUGUUUUUGUUAUGUUUUAUUUUGUUUCUUU